AUGCCGUCUCUGACACUUCCUAUGGCGGAGUUGGCUGGUAUUGUUGUUCACAGCACUCUUUUUGGUAUAUAUUGCAUUCUUUUCGUCGGUUCGCUGUAUGUUUUUUUCGCGAAAGGGAACGGCGUUCGCAGGCCCAUCAACAGGUUCCUACUAUUCGUCGACAUCACCCUGUUCCUUCUGAUUGUCGUCCAUUGGAUCCUUCAAAUUGACCGACUCUUCGAGGCGUUCAUAUACAAGGCUCGUGAGCCCGGAGGCCCAGCGGCAUAUUAUAAAGCUGCACGAGAGGUUAAAUUCGUAGUAAAAACAGCUUUCUAUGUCGCCCAGAUGUUCGUAGGCGACACGACGAUGAUUUAUAGACUAUACAUUGUCUGGGGAGGCGACUGGCGAAUCAUCGUCCUUCCUACUAUCACGACAACUGCGCUAACCAUCGCUGGGAUCAAUGUCGUUGUUUCAUUUGCUAGACAGGCACCGGGCGUCGAUAUCUUCACCAGCGCCAGUGGGCACUGGAUCGUUACUGUGUUCGCGACAACACUCUUCACGAACAUUCUGGUUACCUGUGCGCCCGCGUUUGACUACGGAUUGUUUGACCAUGAUGUUGAUGACAUCGAUAACCAACAGCACUCAUCUCUUGGCGUGUUUGGUCCUUCAGCCAACGACUUGAUGACAUCAACAGACGCAGUACCCCCCGUUAUCCAAAUCGUGGUCGAGAGUGCACUAAUCUACACUGUUUGUCUCCUGAUCACUCAUGUAUCGUAUCUCGCGAAGGCGCCGUUCCAGUUCAUCGCGCUUGAUGCGACUAGUCCAGCGAUUGGCAUUGCCUUUGCCCUUCUAGUUGUUCGAGUAGGCCUUGGACGUGGCGCUGAGAACAUCACGACUGCCCAUACUACAGGACGGCGUGACGGACCGACGCGAACAGGGCGGUCAAUUAUUCGUUUUGCGCCCGUAUCAGAGACGUCCAUGGGUCUAAGCACUCUGCCUGCUGUUGAUUUGGAAGCAUCGAAGGACUUCAACGAGAGGCAGUGA